UGUAUCUUGAGUUGCUUGUGGAUCCAAAUCUUUUAGCUAUCCCAAGGAAAGGAUCUGGUUCGGAUUAGGAUAACAAUUAUAGGACUUAAAAUUUAAGAGAAAAAUAGACAUUUGAGAUUAUUUCUACAAUUUUUACAUCAUUUAGUGUCCUGCCGGUUGACUAGACCUCUUAUGAUCUGAAAACUUAGAAAAAACAAAAGCAAAUAUCCUCCGGGCCUGUGAUAGGUCAAGUGGUCAUUAUCUAAUUGUAUAUCGAAUCCAAAAUGGCUUUAAAGGAUGGAGAUAAAGGCACAAGAUACUGUUCUUUAUGCAGAUGCUACUCUGUUUCCUUUUCUUCUUCUUCCUUCUCUUUGAACGGAAUGUUAGCAAGAAUUUCAAAAGUCGAAUAAAAGAUCGGAACAAGAAAUAUGAAACAAUUUAAUGUAGUCUAGUUGGUUUAGGGUGCUUCCUUAGGAUACAAUAUCUAGAUUUAAGCACUAUUUGUUCUUAUAUUGAGCAAUGAAAUUUCAACUUCAAUAAUCCAUGAAUUCAGAGGUGGAUCCGACCACCCUAAUCCCAAGCAUCCAAAAGUCCACCCCCGUCUCGAGUAGCCAAAGAUCUACUGUAGAUCUGCCCACCCCGUGGGAUGGUUUGGCCUUUCGAUCGCCCAUAAAGGCGGUUUGGGGUGGCCACAAACCACCCCCACAUCAGGGUGGAUCCCUAAGGGGUGGGCAGCCACCCUUGUUUUUUAUUUUAAUUUAAAUGUUUUAAUAUACAAUGACGUAGAUGUAAUUUAAAUUCAUAGUUGAACGCUGUUCACGUUGUUGCCACAAAAUCAGUGGGGCGAUGCUUCAGCAUUAUUUCCUCUUCUGACGUUUUAUGCGGAUAAGACAGAAAACAAAGUACAUAAUGACCAAUCAAAACGUUACCCUAAAAGAGUUGGGACUUUCUAGGGACAUAUUCUAUGAUUCUAUCCCCACUCUUAACUGUUCCUUAAUUCUUGAUGCCUUCUCUUUUCCCCUAAAAAAAAAUCCCAACUUCUCUUUUCCACGUAAAUCAAAGAGUUUACACUUUCCAGCCUCGUUUUGGAAACUUUAAUCCAUUCAGUUCAUUGUCACUAUCAGACAGACUUUCAGUUCUAGAUCAUCGAAGAUUCAGCUUCUUUUCUUCUUUUCUUGUCUACUUCCAACUGAAACUUUCAAUGAAUACUUCCAGGAAACUGGCAUAUUACAGUCGGCAAAAUUAUAAAGUACGAAUUGCUUGCCUUGGCAGUUGACUUUUUUGGGCAAACCCAUCUGGGCAGUCAAGUUCUUUCGAGGGUUGCCACCCUCUUAUUUUAUUCUUGAAAUUCUGUAUGGCCUCCUGGCCAACCUUGCUCUCCUAUUCAUGAGUGCCAUAACGAGAAUGUGCAAACUUAUUUUCUGGAAAUUUCUGAUUGUUUUUGUUUAGGAGCCAAUUGGAUGUUAUUCCUGCUCUGAAUAUGUAGGUUUAUGAUUUGGAGUCUGCCAGAGUGAUCCGAUUUCAGAAAUUACUCUAAUGACAAGAGAGGAAAAAGAAGUCUUUCAUUUGGGAUAUUUUUGCCAAUAGGGAGAGAAGUGAACGAGAAAUGAAUAAAGGCACGGCUGAUUGCCAUGGCAUUCCCUCUUGAACAGAGUGAGAUGCAUCAUUAUAUCUGUUUAAGAAAAUAAACGGAAGAAAACAUUUUUUACAUGUCUCUUCAUAGAUGUGAAAAGUAUCUCUUUGUUAGAAAGGAUCCUCAUAUAGACAUUGUUUUUCUUUUGUUAUACGCAUAAUAUUCCUCUUGCUUUAUCUAUAAAGUGAAUGUAUUCUUUUCCCUCUGAGUGGAGCAUUCUUUUCUGGAGACGUUUGUCUAUUCCAUUUCUUUGUUUUUGGUAGUUUAUUUUUGGAAAACUGAUCGAGAAUAUGGAAGAUAAUAGAAACUGAAGCAGUUAAAUGAUAAGGGAACCAAAUGACAGAAACAGGCGGAGCACAUGACAAUAUGCUCUCAAAUGGAGAAUAUAUUCAUGUUGGAACCUUAAGCUAGUGUAAGAAAGGAAGCUAGAGUGGCACGUCUUAUCUUUCUCUCAGUUAUUAAUUGUUUUUUGAUACAAGUUGCUCCUUAUAUAUUCUCUGUUGUCAGUCAAUAAAGUGGAGUUUGAGAAUAGCAUAGAUUUCACAGCUACACAGUCAGACUUACAGAGAGUUUCUCUGGCUCAAGUUGCCUAAUUAAUCGUAUCUAGUAUCUACUAUUAAUUUUAAUCAUAUUUUUUUGUCAUUUAAUCUUCUUCAUAGUUUUUACUUGCAGAAGCACGGUCUAAUCCAAGGCUUAAGAGUCUAUUUCUACAAGCACAGGACAUCCAAUGCCUCCUGGUCAAGAUGUUCAGACACUUAGAGUCUCCGUAGCAACAUGGAAUGUAGGGGGGAAAUCUCCCCACAGUGGACCUAACCUGAACGAUAUUCUUCAUGCAGAUCAAUCAGAUAUAUAUAUCUUUGGUUUUCAGGAAAUUGUCCCUUUAAAUGCUGGGAAUGUCCUAGUUGUAGAAGAUAAUGAGCCUGCCGCAAAAUGGUUAGCUUUGAUCAAUCAGUCACUAAACAAAUCAUAUGAGGUGGCAUCAAGACCAUUAAAUCCCAUGGCCUCCCUUGGUGGUUCCUUGUUUUUCUCAAAAUAUUCCCUUAAAAAGCUCAGCGAGACUUUUAGGACUGAGAGCAGAAGGAGGCUGAAGACUUGCAACUGUACACCUGAUGUAGAAAGGAAACAGAGUAAGGAUUUCUGUUUCGGUUAUCAACAAUCACAUAAAAGCAAAGAUGACAUUUCCGUAGAAGACGAUUAUGAUGUACCUAAUGGAAUUAACAUUGCGGAAUUCUCCAUUCCCUCGAGUACCAACCACAUGAACUACAGUUUAAUAGCCAGUAAGCAAAUGGUGGGAAUUUUCCUGACUGUUUGGGUGAGGAAGGAGCUUGUUCAGCAUAUAGGACACUUGAGGAUCUCCUGCUUUUGUCGUGGAAUUAUGGGCUGCCUUGGAAACAAGGGGUGUAUUUCUCUGAGUAUGCUAUUCCAUCAGACAAGCUUUUGCCUUGUCUGCUGUCACUUGGCAUCUGGAGAGAAGGAGGGGGAUGCGCUUAGAAGAAAUAUGGAUGUCAUUGAGAUACUGAAAAAUACUCAGUUUCCAAAGAUUUGCAAAUCGGCUCACAGUAGGGUGCCAGAUAAAAUCGUUGAACAUGAUCGGGUCAUUUGGUUAGGGGACUUGAAUUACCGAAUAGCAUCGAGCUACUCUGACACAAGAAAGCUCCUGCAGGAGAAUGCCUGGGAUGCACUUCUUGACAGAGAUCAGCUGAGAAUUGAAAGAGAAGCAGGGCGAGUAUUCGAGGGAUGGAAAGAGGGUAAGAUCUACUUUGCACCCACCUACAAGUACUCCUACAACUCAGACACCUAUACUGGAGAGACAAAAAAUUCAGAAAAGAAGAGGAGAACUCCUGCUUGGUGUGACAGAAUACUGUGGCAUGGAACUGGGAUACGGCAACUUUCGUACAUACGUAGAGAGUCCAAGUUUUCUGAUCACCGGCCUGUUUGUGCAACAUUUUUGGUGGAUGUUGUUGUAUCAGGUGGAGUAAAGGAGGGAUCAGCAGGGUCUCACAUGAAAGUUGGGAUUCAACAGUUUUUGCCUUCAACUAGUAAAUAUGUUCGUCGAACAAGGUGUGAGUUCACGAACAAAUUAUUAGGAUUUUAGUUUCAAGUUGUGACUUUAAAAGAUUAGCCGAUUAGGUACCACAAUACAGAGAAAAAGCCUGAAGAGGCCCUAUAGGUAAAGAAAAAAUGUUGGUCUCUUCUAUGGGCUACAUUGUUUGUCAUGAAGCCCAUUGGAGAUCAGAAUUAUAAAGUAUGGUUGGUAAAUUUCCAUCUUUGUUGUUAAGAAUAUUGCUUGGAUGUUUCUUAUAUCCUCAGGAACUGAUGUACUUAACACGGUACUCACAAGAUUGAAGAAUAUUCCAGUUUUGUUGCUCGUGUGAGAUCAAUUAGGGAUAAAAAAAUAUAGAGUUCAGCAGGGAAUCAUUGUAAGUUGGGCAACUUAUGCAGAGCACUUAGCAACAGCACAAGUGUAAAUAGCUCUUCAAUGAUAAACAUGUUUCUUGGGAAAUGUCGUACAGUAUCAUGUAUUAUGUUCCCAGCAUUCAAGAAUGCUUCUGGUUAAUGUACCUGUGUAUUAGUAACUCUGUAUUCUGAAACUUAAGGGGGAAUGAUUGGCGAGGUGUUUGUAUUCCAGAAAUUAUACUAUGUGCCUCAAUAUAUUUGCUA